UUCGUUUCGUCGUAUCAAUAUGAAGUUCGUCAUAAUCUCGAUUUUGUGUAUUUUUUGUAUCCUUAAACGUUUUGAAUGCGCUAGAAUUCUGGUAGUUAUCGCGACGCCAUCCUACAGUCAUCAAAUCACGUAUAACCGAUUAUUUCUGGAACUGAACAAACGUGGCCACGAGAUUGUAUUCAUCACCACGAAUUACAUUCGCGAUUUGGAUGUGACGAAUAUUACUCAGAUCAAUAUUGAAAAGAGUUACGAGUUGAUGAAAGAUCUAGACUUUAUUCGUUACCGUUACGAAGGGAUAUCAUGGCUAACAUUUCUAGAAACAAACAUACGGGUGCUGGGUGAUGGUUUUUUAAAAAACACGUUUGAACAUCCAAUGGCAAAAGAGUUGUACUCGCCCAAUAGCAACGCGACGUUCGACGUGGUUAUGACAGAGAUGCUUUUCACGCCUGGUGCUUGUGCACUCGCUCAUCGAUUUAACGCGCCUCUUAUAGGGUUGAGCUCCUUCGGAUUACCCGCUUUUCAAGAGUACAUCUUAGGUGGGCUUGUGUUGCCUUCUCACGAAUCUACAUGGGAAAACGUCUAUACCGGAACGGAUCCAACAUUCUGGGACAGAGUGAAAAAUUUCGUGGGCUUAUGGCGUCACUUGUACAUCUGUUACCAGGAGACAAUUUCUCGUCAGCAUUCGAUGGUCGAGAAAUACUUCGGCAAAAGCAUACCACCUUUGAUCGAAAUAAUAAGAAACAUCACCCUCGUGUUCAUCAACAACGAUGAAUUUGUUUCGCCCGCUCGAUUGAAAUCACAGAACCACAUCACGUUCUCCACGUUACAGAUUUCGGAGAACCCGACACCCCUGCCGAAGGAUUUAAAACAUUUCGUGGACAACGCGAAAAAUGGUUUCAUUUACUUCAACCUCGGCACCAAUGUACGGUCCGCGUCUCUACCUAACGAAACUAUACGAAUUUUCCGCGAUGUGUUCGCCAAGUUGCCAUACAGAGUGGUAUGGAAGUUCGAAAUGGAAUUCCCGGAGAAGCCAGAUAAUGUCUUCGCCGCGCCUUGGUUUCCUCAACAAACUAUUCUUGCACACCCGAACAUCAAGCUCUUCGUCUACCAAGGAGGUAUACAAAGUACCGAGGAAACUAUACAUUUUGCAGUACCUGUGUUAGGGUUUCCGGUGAUGGCGGACCAGGACUAUCAAGUGAGAAGAAUGGUAAAACUCGGUGUUGGAAAAUGUUUAGAGAUCACUACUGUGGAUAGUAAUGAGUUCGAAAGCGCCAUUCGAGAGAUCAUAAGUAACAAAGAGUACAAACAGAACAUGUUGAAACUCCGAGAUCUCACUAAAGACACGCCAUACGAUUACGCGAAAUACCUUGCUUGGUGGACAGAAUUUGUGAUUCGUUACAAAGGGGCUCCGCAUCUUCGUUCCACCGUGAUCAGUCAACCUUGGUACCAACGGAACGACAUGGACAUUGUGAUAUCUUUCACGAUAUUAACCUACAUAUUAGUUUCAUAUACAUUCAGACUUAUCAUUAAAUUAAUUUUGCGUACUUGUAAACAAAGACGAAUUAAUUCUGUACAUCUGAAGCAGAAAACAAGUUAAUCACUUGA